AUGGCAAUUCGGUUUCCCCCUCCGCCCUGCCCACCUCCUCGUUAUCCGCCACCAUCACCACCUUCUAAGCAACGGGUGCAACCCUCCACAGAGAAAUCCUUACUGAGAGACUUUUGUCUAUCUACCCUAACGGCAUCCCCAAACGCCUUGAUCAAUCCCUACGACAUCGAACUCCACGCUAUCAACUUCGAGAAUAUCAUCGACGCGCACACUGACCCCGAGUCAGUCGUGGAUACUGAUGACGAGGGAUGGCUCGCUAGUCACAAACAAGCACAUCAACGCGCUAUUGCACAAUAUGCGAUGACUGCAAUAACUACAGUACCCCUUUCUCAACGACACUUCCGUACGAAUGUCGACCCGAUGCAUAUUACCAAGGGUAUCGAGACUUCUGAAGAAAGCCCUGCAGUUCCUGGUCCUGGUGGUAUAAUUAACGGCGCUACUACUAAGAACCACCCGCCUAAGGCUACCUUGUUGAAGCGUUGUGGUAGAGCGCUUUAUAGGAAACGUAGCUUCUGGCUGAAGGAGUCCCAGGAGAGUUAA